AUGGAUUACACCUGUUGUCACGAAUAGUGCUGGCGGGUACCAUGGGUAUUGGGCACAAGAUUUGUACGGUAUCAACUCGAACUAUGGUACUGCAGAUGAUCUGAAGAGCCUCGUGAACACUGCCCACGACAUGGUAAGCUUCUCUCGUGUUUUGGCAAUUUGAGCUGCUUAUACGAACUUAUAAUAGGGCAUAUAUGUCAUGGUUGAUGUGGUUGCAAACCAUAUGGGCAUGGCGAACAUCGCCGACAAUAGGCCAGAGCCCCUUAACCAGCAGAGCUCUUAUCAUGCAGCUUGCGACAUCGAUUAUAAUGACCAGACAAGCGUAGAGAACUGUCAGAUCGCGGGUCUCCCGGAUGUAAACACCGAAAGUCCUGAGAUCCAAACCCUUUACCAAGACUGGAUCAAGUACCUGGUGGACGAAUACUCGUUCGACGGCGUUCGCAUCGACACAGUCAAGCACGUCAACAAGGACUUCUGGCCUGGCUUCUCGUCCGCCGCCGGAGUGUACACGAUCGGCGAAGUAUUUGACGGCGGUAUCGAUUAUCUCGCGGGAUACGCCGACCUUAUGUCCGGCUUAUUGAACUAUGCCAUUUACUAUCCCAUGAAUAGGUUCUACCAACAAGCUGGUAGCAGCCAAGAUAUCGUCGACACGCACGACCAGAUCAGCUCAGCUUUCCCCGACCCUUCGGCACUAGGCACCUUCCUAGACAACCACGACAAUGCCCGGUGGUUGAGCGAGAAGAACGACCUCAGUCUCCUCAAGAACGCUCUAGCAUACGUUAUCCUUUCCCGAGGUAUCCCUAUCGUGUACUACGGUACUGAGCAGGCAUAUGCUGGCGGCGCGGACCCAGCCAACCGCGAGGACCUCUGGCGAACCGGCUUCAAUACCGAGUCCGACAUGUACCAGGCCAUUUCGAAACUAUCGGCUGCUAGAAAAUCUGCAGGCGGACUCGCUGCUGAUGACCAAGCCCACUUGUAUGUCGCGGAAAACGCAUAUGCUUGGAGCAGAGCCGAUGGCGACCUCAUCGUUCUGACGACGAACUCUGGAUCCGGAUCCAGUGGGGAACACUGUUUCAACAGCCAGGUGCCCAACGGGCAAUGGAACGACUCCUUCGGUUCCGGCUCCUACACCGCUGAUGGUAGCGGCAACGUCUGUGUCACCGUUACUAAUGGUGAGCCUGUUGUGUUGCUCGCUGCUUAGACCAUGCGUGUGUAGUACGGCCCCUUCGUUCAUUGGGACUGAGGGGCACGGAAGUGCCAAUUCUACUCGGCGUGGGGAAAAUGGUUUAUUGUAGUAGCACUACAGUACUACAUUACUAUCAAAAUGUACUAAAAAUAGAGUUUCCAUGUUAGAAUGAGGAUUGUUAGCACUUAACUCUGGAAAAUAGCUCUCAAGCCUGGAAAUUUAUAUUUAAU